AUGACGGCCGUUAUCACUAUGGCCGACGCACUGCACAUCACCGAUGAUCAGCCGAUCACGCAGCCUCUCAUCGACUUUCACAACAUAGUGCUCAAUAUACGCUGGCCCAAGUUGAGCAACGGCAAGACGUGGCUUGCGUUGGACAGUCAGAGUUACGAGUACUUCUGCUCACGGGGCAAGAUCGCAAGAGGCAACGCCGGACCGUCCAUCUUCAGCUACGACUAUCUCGCCAUGCCAAUAUUUGGCGGCUUGCUAGGCCUGGCCUUCGAGAAGGAGCAUGGGAAGCGCACAAUAGAGGAGAUGAAAGCUCGGCUUGGAAGAUUCAAGCCGCACGUCAUGGAGGCGUGGCAGAUGCCUCUGCAGCAGAACCUUUUUGACUGCGGCAUCUUCGUCUGCCAGUACAUUCAUGCGCUUGUGGAGGCGUGCUUCGAAGGUGCUGAGAAUGGGGUGCGGUUCAGCAUGAGCCCAUUGGCGUACCGUCGUGGGUUACGGGAUGAUGUGUGCGCUCUUGCAGAGGGUCGGCUGAUCGGCGAGCUCACGGCGGCAGGGCAUGAGAUCCCUUGUGGCAAUGAGAUAAGGAAACCACCUGAGGUCGAUGUGAUUGGUGAUGAGGUGGAGGAUAGGGAGUGGAGAGCAGAGAUGGCAGAACGGAUGCAUCGGCUGGAGGUUCGCAACGAGAGUCAGGCGGUGGCUAUUGCCAAGCUUGAGAGGCAAUUACGGGAGCUUAUGCUACAUCGUCCUCCGCAUCAUGGUGUUGACUCUGCCGCUGUAGGGGAAGGGCAUGGUGAUGUGGCACCGGACGGUGGACCUGGUGCUCCGGCACCCGUGGUAGUCAUGGGUGGGGACAAUGGUGGCAAACAUGACAGCAUAGGAGGUGCACAUGGUGAGGGUCCUGUGGCUGACGUUGAGACGGGUGCAGUGAAUGUCAGUGUGCGUGAAGGUGGUGUGGAGGGGGAUACACCUGUCGGUGCGAGGAGUGACAAUGGAAAAGCGAGGGUGCAUGAUGCAGGUGCUGGAGGCAUGAUGGGUACUACGGAUGGUAACAGAGGUGCUGGAGAGGCCGUGGGUGCUGGGCAUGGUGUGACAGCAUCGAAUGUGAAUGUGGUGCCUGCACACAGCGCAGGGACUGAGACGACGAGUCGCAACACGACGCGUGGUCGAGCUCCUAGCUCAGGUUACACAGGUAUAAGCAAACGGGAAGGUAAGUGGGCCGCACGACUGUGCAUCGAUAGCGCUAAUAACAAGUUCCUUGCGCUGGGACGGUACACCGAGAUCUUGGAUGCCGCAACAGCUUAUGCAGCAGCCGCUCACAUCUGCCGACCGUCCAUCUCCAGUUCUAAAAUGGUGGAGUUGAGCGAGGAGGAUAGGAGGUGCUUGGAGGGUCUGAGUUCGAUUGGGGUUGAGAGGAUUGUGGAAGCCAAGCGGUGGCCGGAGUGGAGGAAUUGGCGUGUAGUGCUCAGCAGCCUCCCCGAGCCUUCCACCCCAGCGCCAGCAGGGGUUCACACACAGGCUCCACCUCCCUUUUCCCACCAGCACCCUAGACCCACGUUCGGCAACUACCACACGCCAGCUGCCGCUUUCGUGGGACAGGCCAGUGCAUCCCUAAACCAUGGUGGAUGGCAGCCGUACACCCAGAGCAACCAUCUGUCCAACCUCCAUUUUCCAUCCCAGCAGUAUGCAUUCAACCACAUCCCUAUCCAUCCGUUCAGUCAGGUGCAAGAACCUAUGUCGGUACCCCCAGCCGGUUCAGUACCCAACCCUGCUGGCCAUGUCGCAACACAGAACACAGCACCCCAUCCGCAUGCCCUACCCACAACACCGGCCGUUGCACCCAGCACGGCACAUCCACAAGUCCAACAAGUACCGCCCUUAGAGCAAACUGCGCAGGCUAGGGUAGCUGGCAUGACAGAUUCCCAGCACAGCUUGAGCAUGACAGCUGCACCCAACAAUCCCAACCCCCCGUCUCACGGCUCCACACUCGCAAACGAGGCAGCAACAGGUGAGAUGUCUGGUGCUGUCAGAGUUGUGCAUAACCAGAGCCUGUUAUUUUCCUAA